AUGCAUACUCCAGUCUCCAUGGUGAUGGGUAUAGUGUUUGCACCACUUGGGCUGGUUCUGGUGUUCACGGCGGCAAUAACUCCACAGUGGCGUGAGGGGCAGGCUCGGCUAGGGGUGGGUGGCAGCGAACUACUUCUGCUCCGUUCCGACGGCCUGUGGGAGAGCUGCCUGCAGGUGGCGCAGUCUGAGCUUAAACAGUGUUGGCCUGUGUCUGGAUCGUACCAGCGCGACGGCCGCGUUCGCUUGGCACAAGCCCUGAUACUGGCUUCCCUGUUCCUGUGUGGGGCAGGCAUCGUCUUAGCCAGCGUGGGUGUACGCUGUUGGACCGACCUCCCCCUGCGAAGCGUGGCGGCUGCCGGGGGCCUCUUGGUGGCCCUGGCAGGGGCCCUCAGCCUGGCAGCCUUGGGGCUCUACACACACAACCUGUCAGCACUGGGGGUGGAAGUGCCACCCAUGCAACAACAGCAGCAGCAGCACGACCCCCGGGCCCACCCGACCAACGGGCUGCCCCGUCUCACUCUACACCCGGCCGGGUCGCUCUAUUUCGGAUGGGUGGGUGCGUGGGUGCAAGUGCUUGGCGGUGCCGCCCUUCUGCUCAGCUUCAAAUGUCCGCGUUGUCCCUCUUGCCCCAAACCGACGCACACGCAAGACAUCGAAGUGUACGAGGUGAACUGCUAA